AUGUCUAGCAUUCACCUUACAGUAGUUGAACAAAAAAUUUCAACUACCGCAAUCCUUAUCCUGUCCUACAUGCGGAGUGGGUCUUCGCUCCUCGGGGAACUUUUCAAUCAGCAUCCGGACGCAUUUUACAUGUUUGAGCCAACUUGGGCAUUGGUUUCAAAUGAAAUAGACUAUGGCUCCAAUUCCAAAACAACGGAAUUAACAUAUCCAAACGGAACUAGACGGUUGUUUCCAAAGAAAGGAGAAGAAAAGGACAUCGUGCUGGAGACGCUGGAAAACAUUCUCACUUGCAAGCUGGAUCACGUGCCGGUGAAUGUGCUUGCUCCACACACCUAUGCAAACCAUUUGUUCUUCACUUAUGGGGGUAGACAUAGGAGACUUGUUAAGUACACGACCUGUAUUUUGUCACACCAGGGCGUGGCAGCAGAUACUGAAUGUGUUCCAUUUAUUCUUGAAACAUGCCGAAAUUCAUCAAUUGUAGCCAUUAAAGAAAUCGCUUUACGAAUGUCUCACGUGGAACUCCUGCUGCGCAAGAUACCGGGGUUGAAAGUUCUCCACCUACUAAGAGAUCCCCGCGCUUCCCUUUUGUCACGAAAGAAGCUUACUAAAACAAAUCUGAGCUUAGACAUGCAAGCUAACGUAUUGUGCUACGAAAUGACAAAAGAUAUUUUGAAAGGAAAGCAACUUGCGAAGGAGUUUCAAGGACGAAUCUUGCAAAUAAAAUAUGAAACAAUGGCCGAGCGUGUUUUGGAGACGACUGCACUUAUCUACCAAUUCCUUGGCUUGCCUCUGCCACACGUUGUCCGCGCGUGGAUGUGGAAAAAUACAAACCAAGACCAAGGAUCAAAUAACGAAUAUUUUACAGCGAGAAAUAACUCUACCGAAACUGCUCAUGCUUGGAAAUCUAAAAUAUCACCAUCUGUAGCUUUACAAAUUGAAAAUAUUUGUGAGAAUGUGUUAGAGGAGCUUCAGUACGAACCUUUUUCACAAAGCAUUAACGGAAAAUUGAAUGCUACACAACAGAAACGUUAG